UAGAGAACAUCUGCAGCAGCAACUCAUGUGCAUUGAUGUGACAGACAACCUAAGAGUUUGUCCCUCGCAUCAAGGCUCUUCUUGCCGCCAUCAGCCCUACUAGCUUCCAACCGCGUGUGCUACCCCAUCGUGCCUAACCGGCUGAACGCUUCCGAUGCAGCCCCUGGCCAGUUCCCUCCGGGUCAAAACGCACUUUCCUUGUGAGCUCUUUCUCAGUGAGAUGUUGCAUGACGAAUCGACCAUCGAGCCAGCGUGGUGCACACUUUCUGAAAACCGGAAAGGAAACCUACUGUGCCCGAGCCGUGGGCCGAAUAUGAGAAGUCUUGGAAGUCAUGGCUCACGAGGAAAGGGUGGCGAGGACAUUCAGACGGAAGACAGCAACACGACACUUACACUACCACACAUGGUCAAGCCAUGCCCACGGCGUGCAAGUACCGAAAAAAAGCAGCGAAAGAAAACAUACAACACUCGGCAUUCGCUGGUCGUCACCGACCCAACUACUACUCAAGCCCUUGGUAGCUUAACUAUGGGAGAGCGGACGGGAUCCCGUGUUCUCUACCAGGUAUGGUCGUAUGUGAUGGUCGGCAUGAGGGAGUCGUGCUUAUAUGACUAGUCCUUUCCCGAACUCGCUUUGAUCAGGUUGAUGACGCUGCUACCGUCCAGGUCUCAAUCUCGGGUCCAAAAAGGACAGCUCAGCCAGAUGCUCCUUCCAAGCCACCAGAGGAUCCUCGGUCUCGGCCAGGACCGCCGCGCCCACCUUCUUCUUGACCCCGUAGAGGUACGGCUUCUCAUCUGCAUAGCAAUCCGUUUCUUGCUCAUCAGGCAGGGUGCCGUCC